AUGGAGACGGUGGAGGUGACAGAAUGGAACAAGUCUGUCCUGCUGCCCUUUAAAACCAAAGAUGAACUUCCACAGGAUGCCACAGUGGAGUGGAGACGCUCAGACUCCAAACACAGGAAAGUUCAUAUGUUUCAGAGCAGCCAGCACCUUUCCGGUGAACAGGACGAGAUUUACAGAGGUCGCACAGAGAUGAACAAAGAGGCACUGAGAAUCGGAGACCUCAGUCUGACCCUGAAAGACCUCAGACUAACUGACAGCGGAGUCUACACCUGUACUGUCUGCAUGCAUGGAAAAGUCCUAAAACAGAAAGUGGUGGUGCUCAGUGUCAGAGUCUACGAGCUUCAGACAGUGGAGGUGACACGGGGGGUGAAGCGUGUUAUGCUUCCCUUCAAAACCACAGCUCACCUGCUUGAGGACAUCAGAGUGGAGUGGAGACGUUCAGACCUUGAAGAUAUGAAGGUCCUCAUGCAUGAGAACCACCAAAAGAAGCAUGAAGAGCAACAUCAGGACUACAAAGACCGCACUGAGAUGAAUGAAGAGCUACUGAGAACCGGAGACCUCAGUCUGACCCUGAAUUACCCUCAACUUACUGACAGUGGAGUCUACACCUGCACCGUCUACAAAAAAGAUGGAGCCAUCCUGAAACAGAAAGUAGUGAUACUCACUAUCAGAGACUACAAGGUGGAAAUACUUGAAGUAACAAAGGGGAAGAAGUCUGUGCUGCUGCCCUUUAAAACCACUCCUGGUCUACCCGAUGAUGUCACAGUCGAGUGGAGGCGUGGUGAUUCCAAAGUCACAGUCCACACCUAUCAGGAUGGCCAAAACCAGCUAGAAGAACAGGGACAGGAUUACAGAGGUCGCACAGAGAUGAAUAAAGAGCCACUGAGGACUGGAGACCUCAGUCUGACCCUGAAAGACCCCCAAAACACCCACAGUGGUUUCUACAUGUGCACAGUCUCCCAGGGUGAAGACAUCCUGAGACAGAAAGGAGUGACGCUUACUUUCAGAGGAAAACAUGGUGCAAGCUUUACAGAGCGGUUUCAAGGCUUCAGAAAUAAGAAAAAACCCAUGACUGAUGGACCUUCUUCCGCUGUGUAA